AUGACCACUCCCGAAAGGCUCAUUUGCCUCGUCACGGGCGCCAACCAAGGGAUCGGCUACGAAGUCGCCAAGAGUCUGGCGACGACCUCGCGCGGGCCCAACGGCGAGGCAUACCACGUCCUCCUCGGCAGCCGAGACGCAGCCAAGGGGCAGAAAGCGGUCGAGUCCAUCCAGGCCGGCGGCGGCGGCGGCGGCGGGUCAUCCAUCACCCCGCUCCAGCUCGACGUCACGGACCUGGCGUCCAUCCAGGCAGCCGCGGCGCUCGUGAAGAGAGACUUUGGGCGCCUCGACGUGCUGGUGAACAACGCCGGCGUGCUGUGCCAGGACGAGGACGUGGUGGUGGCGCUCAGGGCGGACCUGGAGGUGAAUGUGGUGGGGGCCGCGGCGGUGACGGAGGCGUUCCUCCCGUUGCUUUUGGUGCAGAGAGACGGCGAUGGUGGUGCUGGUGGUACUGCUGCUGCUGAUGAGGAGGAGCGGCGGGUGGUGUUUGUGUCGAGCUCGAUGGGGUCGUUUGCUGGGGCGGCGGACCCUGGGUCGCGGUAUUAUCGGGCUGUCACGGGGUCUAGUCCGCUUGAGUAUCGGGUGAGCAAGGCGGCUUUGAAUAUGUUGAUGUUGGAGUAUUGGAAGCGGUAUGGGGCGGAGGAGAGAUGUGCUGUGAGGGGUGACAAGGAGGAGAAGGAGAAGAAGGUGGUGGUGAGGGUUUGGAGUGCGGAUCCUGGAGUGAAUGCUACAAACUUCAUGGGGCCGGGACGGGCAGAGAUGGCGAGGGAGAGGGGCAUCCAGGGGCCUGAGGAUGGGGCGAGGGUGGUGGUUGGGUGUGUGGUGGGGGAGAGAGAUGGUCUGGAGGGCAAGGUUGUUGGCCGGGAUGGGGUGCAGCCUUUUUAA